AUGAAUGUUGUUUCAGUGCCUAAAGAAUAUAAUGUGAGAAGACAUUACACAACAGUGCAUGAAAAUAAGUAUGCUACGUACACAAAUAAAAGUCGGCGUGUCCUAGUUGCUGAUUUGAAGAAAAAGCCUAAACAGCAAACUGAUAUAGAUAUAGAUAUAGAUAUAGAUAUAGAUAUAGAUAUAGAUAUAGAUAUAGAUAUAGAUAUAGAUAUAGAUAUAGAUAUAGAUAUAGAUAUAGAUAUAGAUAUAGAUAUAGAUAUAGAUAUAGAUAUAGAUAUAGAUAUAGAUAUAGAUAUAGAUAUAGAUAUAGAUAUAGAUAUAGAUAUAGAUAUAGAUAUAGAUAUAGAUAUAGAUAUAGAUAUAGAUAUAGAUAUAGAUAUAGAUAUAGAUAUAGAUAUAGAUAUAGAUAUAGAUAUAGAUAUAGAUAUAGAUAUAGAUAUAGAUAUAGAUAUAGAUAUAGAUAUAGAUAUAGAUAUAGAUAUAGAUAUAGAUAUAGAUAUAGAUAUAGAUAUAGAUAUAGAUAUAGAUGUAGUUAUAGAUAUAGAUGCCUUGAGAAUAUCAAGUUGCAAAGUCAAUGCAGCAUUGAAAGCUAUGAAACGUCCAAUGGGUGUUCUAGAUUGUCGUGAUUAA